AUGUCGAACACUAGAAACAUGAACCAAGCCAACAACUUCUGGGACUUUGUCGCCAGUCUGCAGAACAACCAGGGUGCAUCUCCCUUUGCUGAAGGUAGAGGUCCUGCUGCCGACUUCGAUCCAUUCCAGGGUCAGGAGUUCUGGGCCCCUUGGAUGAGCCAACGUGGCAGAGGACCUCAUCAUGGUCAUCCUCACGGUCAUCCUCACGGACCUCCCCACGGCCAUCGCCACGGUAGAGAAGGCCAUAGACCUCCGCCUCCUCCCGAGCACGAGGGAAACGUCCCUCCUGCUCCGCUAGCGCCUCACGUCGAUGAGCCUGCUCGUCCAUCAACUCCCCCAACCCCACCUGAAGUAGAGCCCGAGCAUCACUCUCGUUCGAGAUCUCCUGGUCGCGGCAGAGGCUUCUCUCCUCACCAUGGGUCCCGCCACCAUGGUGGACCUGAACACAGAGGAAGAGGUAGAGGUGGUCAUUUCCACCGUGGAGGUCACCACCACAAUCACGGACCUCGCGGUCCACCCAAUGCUGGCCCCACAUUCCCAUUCGACUUGAACGCACUGGCCGAAGCUUUCGCGCCUGCGCUCUUUGGCGGCAGCAACAACCCAUUCUCCAACCCCGAGACCUUCACCAAGGAAGCAUCAAAGACCGCCACCAACAACAACACCAACACCAACGACGGCACCUUCACCCCCACAAUCGACCUCUUCAGCACUUCCACCUCCUACAUCCUGCACACCUCUCUCCCCGGCGCCAAAAAAUCCGACAUCGACAUCACCUACUCCUCUUCCCGCAACAGCAUCACCAUCUCCGGCGUCAUCGCCCGCCCCGACAUUUCCGAAACAAUGAUGAACUGUUUAAUCACCGACGAACGCAGAGAAGUGGGAUUGUUUGAGCGGGAAAUCAAGUUGGAAGAGGGCGUCAAGGUUGACGAGGAGAAUAUUGGUGCCAAGCUUGAGGACGGCGUGUUGAGGGUUGUUGUACNNCCAAAAGUCGUUCAAGAGGAAGAGGAGGGGUGGGAGAGUGUGAGAAAGGUUGAGUUGGAGUAA